AUGUUAGGUGCGGCAUUUCGGCCGUUCAGCCCGAAUCUGUGGCUGACAUUGCUGGCCGUUGUCACAUCCAGCUCCCUCAUCAUCACCUAUUUUGAAACCUCGCCUAAUGGGCAGUUCAAUGAUCUUCAUAGCAGGAGGGAGAAAGCCACCGAAGCGGUCUAUCGGGCUUUCUACAGCCUCUUCAUGUGCGAGUCUCGCUUCGAACCUGUCACCUUGGGUGGCCGCAUCGUAGGUCUAGGCCUGGCUUUCAUGUGCAUCCUCUUCGUGUGUGGCUACACUGCCACUUUGGCAUCUUUCUUGGUUGAGGAACGUCGGCUUGCCACGAACGUGGAAAGCUUGGCGGAUGCUAUCAGGUUGAACUACAAGAUCUGCGCCCACCCAAGCCACACCAUUACUUUGCAGGUGAAUGGCGUGUCUGACGCCAACAUU